GCGCGCAGUACACAGAAGCCUUUGAAAAUGUCGGUUGCAGGUUAAAAAUGAGAAGGAAUUUGUCUCCAGGAAGCUCAAACACGGCACAACAGUUUUGCUGUCUCUGUCUAGAUAUUUAAGAAGUGGAGCGAGGGAUUCAAUCGAUCAUCCUUCCUGCUCAGACUGUGGGGAGAGAUUCACUCGGUCAUUUGACCAACUGGCAACCCGUCAUUUUACACAGGAGAAAGGCCUUUCACCUGCUCAGUCAGUGGGAAUGGAUUCACUCGGUUAUCACAAUUGAAGGUACAUCAGCAAGUUCACACUGGGCAAGGCCAUUCAACUGUUCUCUGUGUGAGAAGGGGUUCAGUCGGUCAUCCCACCUGUGGACACACCAGUCAGUUCACACCACACUGGGCAGAGGCUGGUCAUCUGCUGAAUUUCUGGGAAAGGAUUCACUCAGUCAUCUGACCUAAUGGCUCACCAGCGAGUUCACACUGGGGAGAAACCGUUCACCUGCUCAGUCUGUGGGAAAGGAUUUACACAGUCAUCUACCCUACUGGUACAUCAGCGAGUUCACACUGGGGAGAAGCCGUUCACCUGCUCGGAAUGUGGGAAGGGAUUUAAUCAGUCAUCCCAACUACAGAGACAUCAGCGAGUUCACACUGGGGAGAAGCCGUUCACCUGCACAGUCUGUGGGAAGGGAUACGCUGACUCUUCCACCCUGCAGAGUCAUCAGCGAGUUCACUCUGGAGAGAGACCGUUCACCUGCUCAGAAUGUGGGAAGGGAUUCACUGAUCCAUCCACCCUACAGAGUCAUCAGCGAAUUCACACUGGAGAGAAGCCGUUCACCUGCUCAGUCUGUGGGAAGGGAUUCACUCAGUCAUCCCACCUACGGAGUCACCAACGAGUUCAUACUGGGGAGAGGCCGUUCACCUGCUCAGUCUGUGGGAAGGGAUUCACUCGGCCAUUCCACCUACAGAGUCAUCAGCGAGUUCACACUGGGGAGAGGCCAUUCACCUGCUCAGUCUGUGGGAAGGGAUUCACUCAGUCAUCCGACCUACUGGUACAUCAGCGAGUUCACACUGGGGAGAAGCCGUUCACCUGCUCAGUCUGUGGGAAGGGAUUCACUCUGUCAUCUACCCUACUGGUACAUCAGCGAGUUCACACUGGGGAGAAGCCGUUCAACUGCUCAGUCUGUGGGAAGGGAUUCACUCUGUCAUCUACCCUACUGGUACAUCAGCGAGUUCACACUGGGGAGAAGCCGUUCACCUGCUCAGUCUGUGGGAAGGGAUUCACUCGUUCAUCCCACCUACGGAGUCACCAGCGAGUUCACAGUGGGGAGAAGCCGUUCGCCUGCUCAGUCUGUGGGAAGGGAUUCACUCGGUCAUUCACCCUACAGAGACAUCAGCGAGUUCACACUGGGGAGAAGCCAUUCACCUGCUCAGUCUGUGGGAAGGGAUUCACUCGGUCAUUCACACUACAGAGUCAUCAGCGAGUUCACACUGGGGAGAGGCCGUUCACCCACUGA